CCCUUCACAAAAUCAACCUCAAUCUCUCCCAAUUCUUCAAGUCAGUUCACCCAAACCCUAAUUCAACAAUGUCUGGUCGCGGCAAGGGAGGUAAGGGUCUGGGAAAGGGGGGAGCAAAGCGUCACCGGAAAGUUCUCCGGGAUAAUAUUCAGGGGAUCACGAAGCCUGCGAUCAGGAGGCUUGCAAGAAGAGGUGGAGUGAAGAGGAUCAGUGGGUUGAUCUAUGAGGAGACUCGUGGUGUGUUGAAGAUCUUUUUGGAGAAUGUGAUAAGAGAUGCGGUUACGUAUACGGAGCAUGCGAGGAGGAAGACGGUGACUGCUAUGGAUGUGGUUUACGCGUUGAAGAGGCAGGGUAGGACUUUGUAUGGAUUUGGAGGUUAAUUGGGAUAUGGUUAAGCAUUUUGUUUACAAGUUUGAAUUGUGGAUCUGUAAUUGAUGAAGUUUGUGGAAUGAAAAUGAUAUGUUUGCUAAUUUGA